CCGUCACAGAUGUUGCCGGAGAUAAUUUUCUACCCGCAACUUAGUGCGCAGCUCAAAUGUUGCUAGGCGUUUUGGCGUACUUUAGCGAGCAGACCACGUCCAGAUCAUCUCCGUUUACAUUGGCCUAUACUCUUCAAGAUACAUAAGAGUUCCCGUUGUGUCGGCUGUGCGUCAUCCAUGGCUGAUUAGACUUGUAGUCUGACGUCGCUGAGCACCAUUGAAAGAAAAGCACCUCAUACAACGUUGAAAAUCUAAAUUGAAGAGAAAAGAACAGAAAGAAAGACAACCACCACCUUAAAACGCGGAUCAACAAGUUGCCUCCAGUGCGUAACUUCCAUCCGAGCGGGCUUCAACCGUAAUCUGCGACGCACGUGAUCGACAAGAUCGCUUCAUCUGCAAAUAUUUAUCAUUUGUCAAGAGAAAUAAGACCCGUGGAGACACAUCUUGUCCGAUUACGUCGGGAAUCUACAGGAGCUGACCGGCUCCAUGCCUCGCUGCGUGUCCAGGUGCUCGGCUGGCCACCACAUGGUAACUUUGCGCUCACAGCAGGCUGGAAAGAGGACAUACAGAGAAGGGAUCUGAAUGAAUGGGACUGAGAUUCAUUCGCAUUUCUCUUCUCGCCUCCUCCAGACUGUUGUAUGGGUUGUAUAUCCUGCCGGUUGAAGGUGUCUCACGUUAUCAGCAGAUAUCGAUUCAGCGGUGGAUAAAUCCAUCACUCGAACAGGGAGCAGCAAAUGUCGAAGAAACGGAAAAGUCCUGACGACCAGGACUUUGAGGAACCUCCGCCUGCAGGAUGCAGCGACCAAGGCUUGACAGAUGAGAAAGUGAAGGCCUACCUCUCGCUGCACCCGCAGAUGCUGGACGACUUUGUGUUGGAGAGUGUGAGCGCAGAGACGUUGGACAGAUGGCUGAAGAGGAAGACCAGCAGCAGGCCUGCAGAUGACACAUCAGCUAAAGCAGUCAGCAGGUACCAGGACACAAAUAUGCAGGGUGUGGUGUACGAACUCAACAGCUACAUGGAGCAGCGUCUGGACACUGGAGGAGACAACAAACUCCUGCUCUAUGAGUUGUGCAACAUCAUCAAAACAGCAACAAAAGCUGAUGGAUUUGCACUUUACUUCUUGGGAGAAUGCAACAAUAGUUUAUGUAUGUUCACUCCAACGGGGGCCAAGGAUGGCCCUCCAAGCCUCAUCCCCUCCGGCCCCAUCGCAUUUGGGACAACCAUUGCCGCUCAUGUUGCCAAGACUCACAAAACACUGCUAGUAGAGGACGUCAUGGGGGACGAGCGCUUCCCCGACGGCACAGGGCAGGACUCAGGGAUCCAUGUUCACUCUGUCCUGUGCCUCCCCAUCAUCACUGCCAUCGGGGACCUCAUUGCCAUCCUGGAGCUGCAUCGGCAGUGGGGCAAGGAGCCCUUCAACCUCAGCCACCAGGAGGUUGCAACAGCUAAUUUAGCGUGGGCAGCAGUUGCCAUUCAUCAAGUACAGGUGUGCAGAGGCCUCGCCAAACAGACUGAGCUCAAUGACUUCCUUCUAGAUGUGUCAAAAACAUACUUUGAUAACAUUGUGGCAAUAGAUUCUCUACUUGAACAUAUUAUGAUAUAUGCAAAAAACCUGGUGAAUGCGGACAGGUGCGCACUCUUCCAGGUAGAUCACAACAACAAAGAACUGUACUCUGACCUGUUCGAUAUUGGGGAGGAGAAAGAAGGCAAACCUGUCUUUAGGAAAACCAAAGAAAUUAGGUUUUCUAUAGAGAAGGGAAUAGCUGGCCAAGUGGCUCAGACAGGGGAAGUCUUAAAUAUCCCAGAUGCCUAUGCAGACCCCCGGUUCAACCGAGAGGUGGACCUCAAAACCGGCUACACCACGCGGAACAUCCUGUGCAUGCCCAUCGUGAGCAGGGGGACCGUUAUUGGUGUAGUGCAGAUGGUGAACAAGCUAAGCGGAAGUGCCUUCACUAAAACAGAUGAGAACAACUUUAAGAUGUUUGCUGUCUUUUGUGCUCUGGCCUUACACUGUGCAAAUAUGUACCACAGGAUCCGGCACUCUGAAUGCAUUUACAGAGUGACGAUGGAAAAGCUGUCUUAUCACAGCAUCUGCACAUCAGAAGAAUGGAAGACCCUUACCCAGCUCAACCUCCCUACACCCAUUUAUAAAGAGAUUGAAAUGUUCCACUUUGACAUUAGUCCCUUUGAGGAGAUCUGGCCUGCUGUCUUCAUCUACAUGGUUCAUAACUCCUGUGGAAAGACCAGCUUUGAGCUGGAGAAGCUGUGUCGGUUCACCAUGUCUGUACGGAAGAACUACCGGCGUGUGCCCUACCACAACUGGAAGCACGCAGUGACGGUGGCACACUGUAUGUACGCCAUCCUACAGAAAACAUCCGGGAUGUUCACAGAGCUAGAGAAGAAAGGUCUGCUGGUCGCCUGCCUGUGCCAUGAUCUGGACCAUCGGGGGUACAGCAACUCAUACCUGCAGAAGUUUGACCAUCCGCUGGCUGCUCUGUACUCCACCUCCACCAUGGAGCAACACCACUUCUCUCAGACCGUCUCCAUCCUGCAGCUGGAAGGGCACAAUAUUUUCUCCAACCUGAAUUCCAGCGAGUACGAGCAGGUGUUGGAGAUCAUCCGGAAGGCCAUCAUCGCCACGGACCUCGCCCUGUACUUCAACAACCACCAGCAGCUGUCGGAGCUGCUGAACUCGAGUGUGCUGGAUUUGAAGAACUUCACACACAGGGACCGUGUGAUUGGUCUGAUGAUGACAGCAUGUGACCUGUGUUCUGUUACCAAGCAAUGGCAAAUCACACGACUCACCGCCAACGACAUCUAUGCUGAGUUCUGGGCUGAGGGAGAUGAGAUGAAGAAGAUCGGAUUGCAGCCGAUCCCUAUGAUGGACAGAGACAAGAAGGACGAGGUUCCCCAAGGCCAAGUGGGAUUCUACAAUGCUGUUGCCGUUCCAUGUUACACGACACUAUCAGAGCUUUUCCCACCAUCCAGUCCUCUUCUAAAAGCCUGCAAGGAGAACCUGAGCCAGUGGGAGAAGAUAACGCGGGGAGAAGCGCAGGACGUCGUGCCCAGCCGGCCUUGUGAUUCAGGCCCUGUCAAGGUGGACAACUGACUACCAAAGGGGUUGCUGGCACACCAAAGGAAUGCAACUAGAAUCCUGCCACGGACCUGGAUCUUCGUAGGGGGAAGAACCCACAUCCUGUGUUAGCAGGAGACGGAUCAGCUAAAGGCGACUUGACUUUGAAAACACACAGUAACCUCAUUGGGUGACGGAGGUGUCAACACUGACAGUUUCACCGAUCCCAGAGACUGACAGACAGCCGAUGGGGAGGGACUUCAACCCAUCACUCUACAUCCACUCAGCUUGGGAAUUCAUUUGGUAGAAUGGACUUGUGUCGUUUUGGUUGUUUUAUUUUGGCUGUGUUAUAUUUUAUGAUUUUUAUUUUAUUUUAUAUGAGCUGAUUAUUUUAUGGUCUUGUAUUUGCAGAGGCCUUACUCUGAACCUUUCACAGGCUAGACAUAUGUGAAAUCUUGUCGUUGGUUCAGGCUUUUUGUUUUUUUUAAAUGGUACUGUUUGCCUUCUGUGGUAGGUUUAUCGUACGUGCACUACUUCAGCAAGGUAUUUCCAGAGACAGAAGGAAUGUGUAGAGCAGAUGUAUCGUUUAAUGCCACCUUACUGAGAAGGUGGACGUAAGAAUGUUUUUUUUAUUACUUUUUGAGCAAAAAUCCUUUGCAGUACUUGAAUAAUUAAGACAUACAGCCUAUUCUACGUGGAGAAAUCCCCCGCAGCGUAUUCUACUAAACGUGGAUGAACUGUGACGAGCAGAGUUAGAUAAUGUGGACACUUGUGAACACAGUCACAAGAGAGUCACAAUGUUUCUCCUUGAAGUGGACCCCACAGCACUGCCCUCGGCCCCUCCUGGCAUUUAGGAACCUGCUCCAUAGUACAUCUAACAUCUUCUGAAUAACAGGAUCUGAUCCCCGGCCAGCAGUAAUAAUAUUUGCAGGACAAAGAAGAUGCACACAUAGCAUCAGCUGUAGUAUAGUAGUGUGCAGGCUUAUAGUAUAGUAAGGCUGUAUACUAUUGAAUUUUCACUGUCAUUUUUCACGCCACUAUC